GGAUCGAUCCAAAACGACGUCGGGCAGCUCUGUUUUGUCUCGUCUGAUGCGCAGUGUGGUAGCCACAUUUGCAUUGGGAAAAGGUGAGCUUGUUAUCUUUAUUUGCAAGAAUUGAAUGGGGUAAAAAUCGUUUCAUUUGUAUGGCUAGUUUGGAGGAUUUUUUUGUUACUCCAUCCGUGGAGGUUUUGAAUAAUUUGACAAAGGAUCAGUUGCGCCGGGUUUGUGACCAUUAUGGCCUUGACUUAGGUUUACCCAGAACAGCAAAAUUAGCCCAGAUUAGAUUGUCCGUUCAGGCUGAAUUGGUUGUUAAGAAUAUUUUGUCACCUGAAUCUAAAAUUAUGGAUGAUUUGGGAGAAGCACUGUCGACACCUCAUUCGACAGGGUGUUCUAAGGUGGCGCUCACGUUUGAGCAACAAAAGGUGUUGCUAGAAAUGCAACGUCAAGAGAGAGAAGCUCAACGAGAGGCAGAUCGACAGGAAAGAGAAGCUAAACGCGAGUUAGAGAUGGAAAGAAUAAAAAGUGAACGUGAUGUGGCGUUGGAACGGCUAAGACUGAGUGCUGAAUGUAGGCUUCCAGUUGAUGGGGAGGAGGGUCCUGCUCCUAGGGAGUCUGUGCGUUCCCCUGAUAUAUCUAGCAUGGUUAGGUUGCUGCCAAAAUUCAAUGAAAGAGAUCCAGAUAUUUUCUUUUCUUUAUUUGAGAGUGUGGCUGAUGACCGUGGCUGGACUGACUCUGAAAGAACGUUGCUAAUCCAAAGUGUUCUUGUAGGUAGAGCGCAAGAAGCGUUUAUUGCCUUGCCUGUACCAGAUCGAAAAAAGUAUGUCAAAGUAAAAGAGGCAGUGCUUAAAAUUUAUGAAUUGGUUCCUGAGGCUUAUCGUUUGCGGUUUCGCAGUUGGAGAAAGGGAGAAAAACAGACUUAUACAGAGGUAGCGAGGGAAUUGUACAGCCACUUUAAUCGUUGGUGCUCCGCGGUGGGAGUCACUACUUUUGAAGAAUUGUCUAACCUGAUUGUUUUAGAACAGUUCAGAAACAUCCUUCCGGAGCGCGUCGCUACACACAUAUUUGAGCAGAAGAUGAAAACCGCAGCGGAAGCCGCAGUUGUGGCUGACGAUUUUGCUUUGACACACAAGUAUAGUUUAAAAGACACAGGUCAGAUUUAUCAGGAAAAACGUUUUGGACGUUUCAAUAGAGCUUUGGGGUCUUCUUCGUUGGGUUCAUUUGAGUCACCUACUCAGAGUAGAGUAGAUUCACAUUCCAAUCAGUCACACAGAGGUGCUGUGAGUUUUCGCAGAGAUUCUAGGUUUUCUGCGUUUACACCUGCCAGUCAGGCUAAGAAUGAUGCUGAUGUGUGUCGAUACUGUUUGGAAAAGGGGCACUGGAAGAGAGACUGUCCUGUGUUAAAGGGGAAAAGUCAGAGAAAGGGUACUGAGGUUGUUAGGGGGGUCACACUUGCUGUAUCUGAGCCUGUUAGACCUGCUAAAGUUGUGAUGGGUGAGACCGAGGUUAAAUCUGAAGGCAUUGUGACGCCAUUUCAGCUAUCAGGCCUUUGCUCUGUUGGGGCCAGUGAGAGAAACGGUGGACCUGACUCAGUUGUGCCUGGGGGAAGUGGUUAUUUUCCUUUUGUUACGGAUGGGUUAGUUUCACUGGUGGGUAGUUCCAACCAAGUGCCAGUUAAGAUACUUAGGGACACAGGGGCGUCUGAGUCUUUUAUCUUGGAGUCUGUAUUGCCUUUUUCUGCAGACUCUAGUACUGGGAACAAUGUUUUAGUCCGGGGGAUUGGGUUGCAAGUUGUCUCUGUUCCAUUGCACAGGAUUAAUCUGCAGUCGGAUUUAGUGCAAGGGAAAGUAUCAAUAGCAGUUCGCCCUUCUUUACCAAUAGAGGGCGUCCAUCUUCUUUUAGGUAACAACCUGGCUGGAGAACGUGUCUGGCGUGAUGUACUGCCCCCUGUAAUUGUUAACAAUGUUCCUUCUAUUCCAGCCGACAGUGACGUUGGUGGUCAGAAUUUGACUGUCUUUACAGCUUGUGCCGUGACACGGGCUAUGAGUCGUGCCUCUAAUGAUGAUGUUUCUCAGAGUAGAGAGUUUAAGUCUGUUGUUGUGCCUAAUUUACCACCAUCUCUCUCUCAUAGUGAUUUUGUUGCAGCUCAAAAGGAGGAUGCAACAUUGAAAGAUCUGUUCGUUGGGGUGUUAACGGCUGUGGAGUUGCGAAAUGCAUCGCGAGGGUAUUUUAUUCAGGAUGGGUUGUUGAUCCGGAAGUGGUCCUCUCACACUGACGACGGGGUUGAUGAUCCAGUGUUUCAAGUGAUCGUACCAUGGAUGCGCUGUGUACCUCGAUGA